AUGGCGCUCAACAAUUUCCUCUUCGCGCAGUGCGUCUGCUACUUCCUGGCCUUUCUGUUCAGCUUCGUGGUGGUGGUGCCGCUGUCCGAGAAUGGCCACGACUUCCGCGGCCGCUGCCUGCUCUUCACCGAGGGCAUGUGGCUGAGCGCCAACCUGACGGUGCAGGAGCGCGAGCGCUUCACCGUGCAGGAGUGGGGCCCGCCGGCCGCCUGCCGCUUCAGCCUGCUGGCCAGCCUCCUCUCGCUGUUGCUCGCCGCGGCGCACGCCUGGCGCACGCUCUUCUUCCUCUGCAAGGGACACGAGGGCUCCUUCCUCUACGCCUUCCUGAACCUGCUGGUCAGCGCCUUCGUGGUCUUCCUGGUCUUCAUCGCCAGCACCAUCGUGAGCGUGGGCUUCACCAUGUGGUGUGAUGCUGUCACUGAGAAGGGCACCGUGCCCCACAGCUGCGAGGAGCUCCAGGACGUCGACUUGGAACUGAACGCGGACAACUCUGCCUUCUAUGAUCAGCUCGCGGUCGCCCAGUUUGGCCUCUGGGCCUCGUGGCUGGCCUGGCUGGCCAUCACCAUCCUGGCCUUCCUGAAAGUCUACCACAACUACCGCCAGGAGGACCUGCUGGACAAACUGGUCCACGAGAAGGAGCUGCUGCUGGCCAGGCCGGCCCCCCAUGCCGCCUUCCAGGGCGAGAAGAGCGCCGUCAUCUAGGCCUGGCCCCGGACGCCCCGUCCAGGGCACAUGGCCUGCCCUGGGGCCGCGGCCGGGGCUCUGCCCGGCCCCCCGCAACUUGCAUGCCUCCCCUCGGCACUGCGUGUACUG